GCACUAGUCCCGCGAGAGAGGGGGGAUCCGUGGGCGGAUAGAUGGAUGGAUGACCCUGCUGCUCCCCUCCCAACCAGCCCCAGCUGUCAGCUCCCUUCCUGACUUCCCCACCCUGCCCCCGGUACCAUGGCGUCCAGCGAGGAGGACGGCGCGGUUGAGGAGAAGGAAAACAACAACAAGAAGAGAACGAAAAGCGCCCUCGCUACCGCAUGGCUCACUUUCUACAACAUCGCCAUGACCGCCGGGUGGCUGGUUUUGGCCAUUGCAAUGAUGCGCUUCUACAUCCAGAAAGGCACACACAAGGGUCUGUACAGAAGUAUAGCAAGGACACUCAAGUUUUUCCAGACCUUUGCAUUAGUUGAGGUGGGACAUUGUGCAAUCGGAAUCGUGAGGACUUCUGUGAUUGUUACCGGGGUUCAAGUGUGUUCACGGAUUUUUAUGGUUUGGUUCAUCACCAACGGCAUCAGACAGAUCCAGAAUGAAGAAAGCGUAAUCCUAUUCCUGGUUGUGUGGACGAUGACAGAGAUUACCAGAUAUUCCUACUACACAUUCAACCUGCUCAACCACCUGCCGUACUUCAUCAAAUGGGCCAGAUACAACCUCUUCAUCGUCUUGUACCCACUGGGAGUCGUUGGAGAGCUGCUGACCAUUUAUGCUGCUCUACCGUUUGUACGCAGAUCUGGAAUGUACUCCAUGAGGCUUCCCAACAAAUAUAACGUGUCGUUUGACUACUACUACUGCCUCAUCAUCGUCAUGCUGUCCUACAUCCCAUUGUUUCCUCAGCUCUUCUUCCACAUGCUGCGGCAGAGGAGAAAGGUGCUUCACGGGGAGGUCAUAGUGGAGAAAGAUGACUAAACAAAGCACCACCUCAUGCCUCUGUUUGAGCCAGCCUGCCCCCCCCCCCCCCCCCCCCCCCCCCGACACACACACCCUUCACCGUCCCCACCCCCACCCCUCAUCUUCAUCUCCAUCUCCAUCUCAUCUUUAGCACCAUCAGCUGUUCCAUUCUUCAUUGCACAGGACAGGAAGGGCCACACAGAUGACGACCUGUCUGAUGAGAAAAACAAAAAAGCGACAAGCGGUGAUAAUGAGGAAGAAAUGACAAAACCCACAGGAGUUCAUCUGUACCCAGCAAUAAUAAACAAGUGAUCCUAGGUCUUUCCUCACAGGAUCUGAAUGGUAAUAUUGGAAACAUGUUUACAGUCCCAGUGUUGCUGGAGCUUGAAACAGAAGCCUGGCGUUGUGGCGCAGCGUAGAGAGAGAGAUCCUGAGCCCUUUUAUUCACCCACCAGCCUUACCGCAUCUUGUUGCACCGAUGCACCGCAGCCUGAAACAUGCGCUGAUCUUGAAAAAACAUGAGCCACGACACAGCACCCUGAAGGAGAAAAAAGAGGCAAAUGAAAGGCUUCCAGGGAAAUGUGAAAGAAGAUUGUAAGUUGUGUCUAUUGAGUUGUCCCAACGUCAUCGCCCCAAAACCUACACAAUUGGCAUUUUUAUUAUAUUUUAUUUUUUAAAGAUGUAUUCCACCACAGAUUUUAUACAAACAUAGCGUGGCUGUACAAGAGAAGGUUCAAGAGAAAAUAUUCAUAGUUCUAUCAUACCUCAACAAUAAAUCUACAUUUAGACAAUAUGCUGCUUCUUUUGUGUAUGUUUGUUUUACCUUAUGUGUAAAUGAUGCAAUGUGAAAUAAGCAGGUAAAUAGUAAGCAUAUUUUCUUAAAAGAGAAUUUAUGCACACACUGUAUGACUUAGAGCAAGCACAGCUCAGACUUAACAUUUUGUCUGCUUGGCUCAGCUCCUGCAUUCUUUAAAGUUGCUUUGAUGUUUACUGUGUCAGAUUAAUUUACAGGGGUUGCAUCUUAAACUUAUUUGAGCCUUCAAAAAAGUUGCAUCUUUUUCUGUAACAAACCGCAGUAGGUGAGGCUACACUUCAAAUUCACAUGAGCGCUAUUUUGUUUGUUUUUUAACACAGAAUCUGAUGUCCGUGUUUGAUAGAGAGGUAGUUAGAUUCCCUCCGACUAAAGGUGCUAUUGUGAGAUCAAUUCAAUCUUCUGUGCAGCUGAAGGAGUGACUGUGAUUGGAGUUAACCUAAAGCAGGAAAAAACAGGAUGUGAAAUGAAAUGAGAGGAAAUGUUAGUCAAUGAAUUGCAUAGCCUGUGGUAAUCGAAGACAAUCAACCGCUUUGCUUAUACUCUGGGUUAAAGAGGAGAAAAAGCAAUAAAAGUCAAUGUCAAAACAAUCACUGGAAAAAAAGUUAUUUUUCAAGGAGAGCAACAGAAAUGUGAAAAUACCUUUUUUGUGCAAAGUCAAUAAAUAAAUUCUACAAUA